AUGGCAGGUCGCAUCAUUCAACUUCUAUUUGGCCUCACGCUACUGCUCACAACAUGUCGAGCUGCGGUCAUAGAGAAGUAUUUCAACAUGACAUGGGUAAUGGCCAAUCCCGACGGUCUUCAGGAAAGAAAAGUGAUUGGCGUCAACAACACAUGGCCUCUACCUGUUCUGGAGGUCAACAAGGGCGAUCGACUUAUCGUCCACGUCUAUAACGGUCUCGGAGACAAGUCGACGAGUAUUCACUGGCACGGCUUGUUCCAGAACACUACAAACGAAAUGGAUGGACCAUCUAUGCAGACUCAAUGCCCAAUCGUUCCGGGAGCGUCUUUUACUUAUGACUUUACCGUCGAACAGAGUGGCACCUAUUGGUAUCACUGUCAUACCGACCUUUGCUACCCUGAUGGCUACCGUCAAAUGCUCCUUGUACACGAUACCGAUGCUUGGUUUGCAGACCAGUACAAGGAAGAGUUCGCGGUCUCCGUAAGCGAUUGGUAUCAUGAAAUGGUUGAAGAUAUCACUUUCAUCGCCCUCUCCAACCCGACUGGUGCUGAGCCCAUUCCCGAUGCCUUUUUAUUCAACAACUCUGUCAUGGACACGAAAAUCUCGGUUGAGCCAAAUACCACCUACUUGCUGAGAAUCGUCAAUACUGGUGCAUUUGCUGCUCAGUAUUUCUACAUCGAGGAUCACAACUUCACUAUAGUUGAGGUCGAUGGCGUGUUUACCGAGCCUAAGGAGGCAUCAUUGCUUUACGUCGCAGUGGCUCAACGCUACUCUGUUCUGUUCACCACGAAAGCCUCCACUGCUCGCAACUAUGGUCUUGUCACUAUCGCGGAUCAGGUGUUGCUAGACACAAUUCCCGAUGACCUGCGUCUCAACCAAACUAACUGGCUCCAAUACAACCCCUCAGCUGAUUUCGACCCAGUGAACGUAACUCUCAACAUUGUUGAUGAGAACCCUGCUUUCGACGAUUACUCUCUUGUGCCAUACGACAAGGAGCCUCUGUUCGAGAACCCUAGCAAGGUCAUCAACUUGACAGUCUCGAUGGGCAUUCUCGACAAUGGCAAGCCGUAUGCCUUUUUCAAUGAUCAGACUUACACCCGCCCCAAGGUCCCCAGUCUCUACACUGCCCUGACCGCUGGUGAAGAGGCUGCCAAUGAGGCUGUUUAUGGAGAGUAUACCAAUGCCUUUGUUCUUAACCACCUCGACGUUAUCGAAGUAGUCCUGACCAACAACGACGGAGGCAGCCAUCCAUUCCAUUAUCACGGGCAUAACUUCCAGGUUAUCAGCCGAUCUCCGUCGUAUGGCGAGGACUUUUACUCGCUGAAGGACAACGUCAAUCCCUUAGCUUUCGACCCCAACAACCACACUGCUUUCCCCGAGUAUCCCAUGCGCAGAGACACUGUUGUUCUGCCGCCGAUGGGAAAUCUUGUCAUUCGCUUCGUUGCGAACAACCCUGGAGUGUGGGCUUUCCACUGUCACAUUGACUGGCACAUGCAGCAAGGUCUGGCCGCUACUUUCAUUGAGGCACCUCUUGAGAUGCAGAAGACCCUUAGUGUACCAGACGACCACUAUGCCGCCUGUAAAGCCGCUGGUGUACCCUACGCAGGAAAUGCGGCUGCCAACACAAAGGAUAUCCUAGACCUUAGCGGCCAGAACACACCGGCCCGUCCGCUUCCUGCAGGCUUCACAGCCAGGGGCAUUGUGGCUCUGGUUUUCAGCUGUAUCGCAGCAUUUGUAGGUUUGGCAGCAAUCACUUGGUACGGAAUGGCACCACUGAAUGCGAGUGAGCAAGAAAGAGUUGUAGUAUCAAGCGUCGGCAAAGUCGAUGAGUAG